AUGGUCUCCAAACUCGGUCUUCUAAAACUCCCCUUCAAAGAUCCCUUUCUCCCCAUAACAUCCCUCACCGACAAAAAAAUCACUCUUAUGGGUAGCACCAUCGCCGAAGCAUCCUCCGUUGCCGCCGGCGCCCUCGCCGCCUCCCGCAGCGUCAACAGUCCCGCCACCCGUCCCGCGCAAAAAGUCUCCGCCUACAAAACUCGAGAUUGGAAGCGCGAACAAGAGGAAGCACAAUACACAUUCCAAACCCUACGUCCUCUUCCCUACCUCCCCAAUCCCUCGAAAUCUCUCCAAUUUCUGCAACGAUUGAAAGAUGACGCGGGCAUCAAGGCGGCGAUGCGCAAACAUAAAUUUACCGUUCCUCUCCUGACGGAAAUGAAUCCGAUCGAACAUACGGUUUCGAAUCAUGAAGGCACAUCGCGCACUUUGGGUCUGAAUAGGAAUCAAGGGGAAGUGAUUGAAUUGCGGCUGAGAACAGAUGCGUAUGAUGGGUAUCGAGAUUACAAAACUAUUCGCAAGACGCUGUGUCACGAAUUGGCGCAUAAUGUCUGGGGACCGCAUGAUCGGAAUUUUUGGAAUUUGUGUAAGGAGAUUGAGAAGGAGGUGGAGGGGAAUGAUUGGAAGAGUGGAGGGCAUGCGCUGGGGGAAGAGGAGUAUUAUAGUAGAGAAGAGGUGGAUGAUCAUGGGGGGUGGAGUGGAGGGGAAUUUGUACUGGGAGUUGGAGGGUCGGGGGGUGCGGAAAGUACGGGGAUGAAUUCGGGGGUGAACUCGGGACAGGGAAUGAGUAGGAGGGAGAUUUUGGCUAAGGCGGCGGAGGAGAGAAUGAGGAAGGUGAGGGAACAGAGUGGUGGAGAGGGGGGAAGUGCGGGUGAAGGGUCUGCUUGA